ACACAGCAAGCAGAAGACAUAUCCAGUUAUCUUCACACUCCACAAACACCAGCUUUUUCACCAGUUCCACAAACACCAGUUAGCAUCCUGCAAAUUCCCACAGCUCAUAACCUUUUAGUUCGUGCAGCCAAGGGCCGAUUCUGACUUUACAAAAUCGACAGCAAAGAUACACUACAUGGCUCCAGCUCGAGUUAUUGAGGUGGUUUUCCUGACGGUCGUCGGCUGUGCAUUGGCCGUAAACGCAGACAACGCGCCGGUUGAAUGGCAGAAGGCGCAUGCGACGUUCUACGGCGGCGCUGAUGCGUCCGGCACCAUGGGUGGCGCGUGCGGGUACGGCAACUUGUACACGACGGGGUAUGGGACGCGGACCGCGGCGUUGAGCACGGUGCUGUUCAACGACGGCCAGGCAUGCGGGCAGUGCUAUAAGAUCGCCUGCGACAGCAAAUCAACGGAAUCGAUGUGGUGCAAACCUGGUGCAACGGUGACUGUUACGGCUACAAACCUCUGCCCGCCCAACCACGCCCUUCCGAACGAUAAUGGUGGCUGGUGCAAUCCGCCGAGGCCGCACUUCGACAUGGCGCAACCGGCUUGGGAGAAGAUCGGCGUCUACAAAGGUGGCAUCAUCCCUGUCAUGUAUCAAAGAGUUCCCUGUGUGAAGCAGGGUGGAGUGCGAUUCACGAUCAACGGGCAUGACUACUUCAAUCUUGUGCUUGUCACCAAUGUUGCAGCCAUCGGCUCGAUCAAGUCGAUGGACGUCAAGAGCUCUGAUGCAGCUAAUUGGAUGUCAAUGCCACAUAACUGGGGAGCAAAUUGGCACUCUCUGGCGAAUCUCACCGGAAAAAUGCUCUCGUUCAGAUUGACCAACACUGAUGGACAAACACUUGUGUUCAACAACAUUGUGCCAAAUGGGUGGAAAUUUGGACAAACAUUUACGAGCAAGUUGCAGUUCAACUGAUCACUCUCUUUUGAUGGACUUAUGUCAUGAUUAAAUGCUUGUAGGCUCUGGAAUUAUUGUUGUGGGCCUAAUAAUUACCCCUGUGGAGAGGUUGAAAUUGUGGUGCUUAAUAUUGCACUACAUGCACAUACAGAUAUAUUGUAUACAUGUUACAGCCCCUUUUAUGUAUUUAAUUUGUCGGUGUAUAAAUGUGUGUUCAUAAUAAUUUUUCUUUUGUGAUUUA